AUGUCGCGCAAACGCUCUUCUCCAGCCGUAAAGCCUCUUCCGGAAGAGGUUGCAUGGCUCAAGGACGUUAAGCUUGAAUUGAGCACCACCAAUUCGAUCCGCACCUCCGUGCAGUACAUCAUUCGCGUCAUCUACCAGCCCUUGGGGGCCGCGGCUACAACGUGGGAAGUGAAGCGUACGUUUGACCAGUACAAGUGGUUCCAAAAGCGCUUGCUAAACCAUCUUCAGCCUAAGCACAGUUGCAAGGCAGAGUGCCGGUGGCUUCAUAACACCAUUAAGAAGCACUUCCCCAAGUCAACGCUGGGCUCGCGCUACCCUGUGGUCGUCGAGCAGCGCAGGAAGGCGCUGCUACAGCUACUGACUACUGUGCAAGCGUCUAUCGUGAACCAUGGGAACCGCAACUGCAAGGUGAUGAUGGAAGCCGUCUGUCAAGAACUCUCCUCGUUUCUCGUGGGCGACGAUCACCAAAGUUGCAUCGGUGUGACUCCGCCCGUGACGCCCACGACGAGCUCUGAGAUAGAAACGUCUGCUCAGUCGCGGCUAUCGUUCGCUUCUUCCGUCUCGUCAGAAGGAGACGAGGAGGUGGUCAUGAAUUACGACGGAGACAUGUUUAUAGGUUGGAGUCUUCCUGUCGAACACCUCAUGCACGAGCACACCCUGAGCUCGCUGACAUAG